AUGUCUGAAGAAGGCGAAAACGCACCAACGGAGCAGAAACCAGAGGAGCAGCCAGAGGGCCAAGCAGAGAAGACCGAAACUCCUAAAGGUGUUUCUAUUCAUAUCGGCAAUAUCCCAUUUGAACUUACAGAACCAAAAUUAAAAGAAAUUUUUGGAAAAUUCGGUGAGGUUCUUAGUUCGAAGAUCCCAACAAAUCAGGCAAACAGGUCUAAGGGCUAUGGAUUCGUCAGUUUUGCUCUCAAGGAAGACGCCCAAAAGGCAAUUGACAGUAUGAACAACACAGAGUUAGAUGGAAGAAAGAUUGAGGUCGAAUUUGCAAAAGGUGAUCAGAAACAGCCUCGUAGUGACCGUCGCGACCGCGGAUCUCGUGGUGAGAGAGAUUCUGACCGCAGGAGGUAUUCUGACGACAGAUACUAUCGCGACGAUAGACGCGACCGCGAUAGAUACUCAAGCAGAUACGAUGAUUACGACAGAAGAAGAUAUGAUGAUGAUUAUGACCGCAGAUACGAUAGACGUGACUCCAGGCGCGAUGAUUACGACAGACGCAGGUACGACGACUAUGACCGCCGCUAUGAUGACAGAAGAUACGAUGAUGAUCGCAGAAGAAGAGAUGACAGACGUGAUUACGGCCGUAGCGAACGCUAUUAA